GCGUGUGUAGUCAGUAGUGAGUUGUCGGCUGUCGCUCGCAAUGCGCAUACUGCAUUCUUCAAAAUUUUUGCACUGUGCUGAAUUUUGAUUGCAUUGCAUUGCAUCAUUUACAUUUUUUAUGAGUGAUAUUCGCAUCAAUUUGUUUAAUUUUGAUGAAAUGAUGUGUAUUCUGUCAAUAAAUCUGUUAGCUAAAUUAAAAUAGUUUUUCUUUCUUAGAUUAUUUGACGUUCAUAUCCACGUGGUGAUUGUCAAGUGAAAGACGACGUGUUAAUUUUUAUUCAUAUUAUUUAUUAUUAAUUAGUUAAAGUAAAAAUAUACCAAAUGGAUUCGUUAAAUAUGUCUAAAUUAAAUUUAUCUACCGUUCAAAGUGAAGCUCCUAAUGAAACGAGAAAAAAUGAAGUUUCUGUAGUUAAAUAUGAAUCAAAUACAUUUUUGGAUCCAGAUGAUGAAUUCAAAUGUGAAUACAAGGAGGACAUUUGGAAAUAUUUGAUUAAACAGGAAUCUAUGAAACCAACAAUACAACUUCAGUCGCCACAGUUGGAGUUUCGUGGCGCCCUAGUUCAACAGUUACGUGAAGUAUCUAAAAAGCUAGGAUUGUCCAUUGCAACUAUACACUCAGCCGUGGCUCACUUAGACCUAUUUAUGGAUGCCCAUAGAUUAAGGUCUGAUCGACUCACACAUGUAGCACUGGCUUGCUUAAGUUUAGCAGCAAAGAGCGACGUAAAAUUUAGCCUAGCACCAACCCUGAAAACUUUAUCAAAAGCCAGCGGUGUGCAACUAUGUGGAAACACAUUCCGGCAGUUAGAAUGGAUGGUGGGCCAGCAUGUGCGAUGGAGGCUUCUAGCGCCCACGCCUGUAACUUUUGCUUCCUUGUUGGCUCAGUAUGUUGUAACGGACAGCGAUUUGACCACAAGACACCCUAAAUUUGUAAGGCGCUUCAGACGGGACGGCAUCAAGUUGUUGGAGGCAUAUUUAGACUUGACAUUGUCAGACGUACGUUUAAAAGUAGUAGACAGCGUAGAAGUGGGUUGUGCGUGCGUAUCUUGCGCGCGCGCGGAGCUUGGUCUAUCCGCGUGGCCCGAUUAUUUAGCUGACGUUUCUGGAAAGACUAAUGAGACAAUCGCACCCAUUGCACGACUACUACAUAGGAUGAUGCAAAUAAAAUCACGGGAAACUACCGAGUGCGAAGUGGAUCAAGGUUAUAGCAGUGCAAGAACAACACCAAAUAUAACACCUUCCACAUCACCACAAUAUCACAUUACUUCAAACUACCCUCAAAAUAUUUCUAAUAUUAGCUACUACCAAAAUCAGACAGAUUAUAGGUUAUAUAGGGCUAGCAGAUUAAUUGAGGCAAGCGUUGAACCCUCUACCAGUAUGGCUGUGAAACGGAUUAGAGAUCAAAGUGAAUUAGAGUUAGAUAGAAAGAGAUAUAGGGUAGCUAUUUCUCAAGCGGUUCAAUGAUUGCUAGUCUAGGCGAGGUAAGGUUAAACGAUUCUCAAAGGUUUAUUCUAAAUGACCGACAAUGAUUUUUAACGUUAUUUUUUGAGCAUGAUGGUUUUGAUUUCUAGAAUAUUUUUAUUUCAUAUGUAAUUUAACGAAAGAAAGGUGAAGUUAUUGUUUGAAUUCGUCUAAUGAUUCUUGGAAUUUUUUACUUGUUUUUAUAUGUCUAAGUGUGAUCGACCUUUGAGAAAUAGGAUUAUGAUACUCAUACAUAUAACAUAGCAAUAAUUUACACUAAUGCUAUAUAUGACAGACUAUGCCCUAUAAAAUAAAUAAUAUCUACCAACCCUUUCGUUUAAAAUAUUUGAUUUUUUCCCAUUAUUGGAAGUUUAAUAAAAUUAGGGUUGUGCAAAAUAAGAUUUUGCUUUUUAUAUGGCAUAGUUAAAUAAGUGCCUCUGACCUUAUCUCGCUAGAAAACUCUGUACAUAUUCACCUAUACUAAGUUCCUAUAGAUUGAUUUAUCGUCAUUCCACUCAGAAAAUUGUGGAUAAUAGGAUGUAUUAUUAUUUAUUUGUAUGGUUAGGGGAUGUGGCUGUUAAAUAUUUCUCUUAAAGCUUUAAGCUCUUGGCAUCUUUGCAAUGUAUAUAUGUAACCGCCAUUUUUGAAGUUUAUGGAACUAUUUAGCAACCACGUUCUUUUAGCUAAUUAUCCUUGACGAAGUUAUUUAAAAUAUUUAAGCUUUGUUCAGCCCCUAAACUUAACUUAUAUUUUCGUAACUAUUUUUCUAAAUAUUCUAAUUUUUCCUGAAAUUUUCAUAAUGUGGGUUGUCGAAUGUUUUGCCAAGAUUAA